UUGGAUUAUAAUUCAUGAUUUUACUACUAAAUAAAUAUGACGUCAGAUAAACAAAAUAUAUUUUGUUUGGUACUGCUGAUAUCAACAUGCAUACCUUUCAGUAUAUCGACUGAAAAUGUAAGAGGGACACGAAACAUAGAAAUAUCUACAAAACGACAAUUCAGCUCAAAAGAAAUCAAUAGUGACGAUCAUUUAAGAAAUUCACAAGAUAAAGAUGAAACAUUACGAAUGGAAAGUGCUGGUGGCGGAAAAAAUAAAAUACAAGAUAAUGAUGAUGAAGAUAGGAAAACUCUAGCGCAACAAGUUGUAGAAGGCAAAUAUGGUUUAAUUCAAAAAGAAUUAUUUGCAAAACCAGUCAAAAGUUUUGGUAUUAUUAGUUAUCGGGGUAAUCCAGAAGUACCAAAAGAUAACAGUCGAAAUUUAGGUGGUUUAAAUGCCGAAGAUAUUUGGUUAGCUGAAGACCAUCUAUUAAUAUUAAAAGGAGGAAUAUUUCCAAGCCACAAUUCAAAAAGUAAUGUUAAUUGGCCUCCAAUUGAUAAUUACAAAGCACCACGUCGUCAAGUGAAAAUUCCUUUACAUCCAAAAGUCCCACCGCCCUUUCCUGUACAGUUACAAGAUAACGGACCAAUCGAAAUUAUCGGACCCAAUGGUACGACGCAAACUUUACCAGAAAACAUCGACACGACAUAUCCGCCGGAAGGAUAUGCACCGGGAACGGGACCAUUUUUCCCCACCGAGGACACAAUAUCAUCAAUUAUCAAAUCGGGAAACUUCAGCAAGGGGAACGGUCCGAUAUCGUUCCCCUUACCACCAUCCCAACAAAAAUUAAGCCCACUGCCUCCAUUUAUCGCAUCACUACCACCAAACGCAGUGUAUCUACCACCACCGGGAAAUCAAACGGACAUGUACGACGAGGACGACCCUUCAAUUUAUUAUCCGCCGCCUUACAGUUUUUAUUAUUCCAAGGGUAAUUUAUCACAUAUUAAUCCAGGACCAUUAGUACCGGGUAUAAUAUUACCUCCACCACCUGAUUUCUUUGGUAUUUUGGAACCUAAAGUCAAGAAUAAAGAAUCUACUAAGAAAGUUAAAGGUACGACUACAACACCUAAGAGUACUUCAAUUAAAACUACAACUGGUGUUUAUACAACUCAAAUUCCUCCAACAUUAGAAACAACUACUGUAUACAAACCUCAACCAAUUUAUGUACCGGAUCCGGAUAUACCAGAAAAGAUCACAUUUAACAUCCCUGUUGAAAUUGUAACAGAGGAACUAGAUAAAACAACAAUUACAACCACUCCGCCAACAAUUAAAUACACAACUUCCUUACCAAGUCGCAAAAUUAAACCAGUUACAAAAAAUUAUCAAUAUUAUACAACGGAAAAGGAAAAAACAAUCCCUUACUACAAUACAAAUACGGUAAAGAAAACAAAAUUAUACACCACAAAACCAACAGAAAUUCCAACUACAACCCCAACUCCCUCGUACGAUGAUUACUCGGAACCGUACUAUACAAACGAUAUACUACAAAAUUUGAAUCCAAUUUAUACUCCGCCAAAGAAGGUUAAAACAAGUCGCGUUCGAAUUACUACAACGGCUGUACCAUUAAAAGCGCCAGCAUACUUUACGACAAAUAGUGAGAUUGAAUCAAAUUCAGUAACAAGUGAUCCAAUUGCGUAUUAUCAACAACGACAAAAUAAUUUAUCGACACGGCAAUCACCCAAAUUUAAACCGCAAACUCAAUUCUAUUAUUACGAGACACCAAAAACUACAACCGAUCAAACAUCGUAUCAUUAUUUCCGAACCCCAACGUCUUCAGCCUCGUAUGAUGAACAACCUUUAUACAUACCCACACCAAAACAAAAUUUACAAUAUCAUCGACCCACAAUUAAACCAGAAACGAUUAGCAGUCAAAUUAUACGCUUACAACAAGAGAUUCAAUCGUACUUAACAUCUCCAAAGUAUAAAAUUGAUAAAACAACUUCAAAACCGAUUUAUGAAUACAGUUUUCAAAUUGCUGAUUACGCACAAAAAACUUCGAAUAUCGGUGGAACCAACAAUGAUGAUCAAUUUCGUCCAAUUACUGGUUUUUAUUAUUCAACAACUCCCAAACCAAUUGUUCAAUAUGAAACUCAAACGCUGAAACCAAUUCCACAAUAUGAAACGCAAACACUUAAACCGAUUCAACAAUAUAAAACGCAAACACUUAAACCAAUCGCACAAUAUCUAACACAAACGUUAAAACCAAUCGAAAAUUACGAUCAUAACUAUGAAUAUGAUGUAGUUGUUAACACAAGUCCUUUACCAAUCAAAACACGAAAUAAUUCGUAUCGAAAAUUACCACAAAUUACAACGGAGAAUCCUUUACAUAAUGGAUAUUAUACGAAACAAGAUGAAGGUUAUUUAGAUGAAAUUACUAAGCAAUAUUUUACGGUAUUUGGACAAAAAUUGGAUGGUCGUUUACCACCGGUGACAACUCCAUUACCUAAACUUGUUUCAACAACAGCAAAACCAUUAGUGGAAACAAUUAUAAAACCAGGGAAUAUUGAAAUUAAAUUUGGUGAUAACAGUCAAUUAUCACCGAAUUAUCCGAAGAAAAUAUCAUUGGAGCGUGAUAUUUUGGUUAAUUAUCAAAAUCCACGACCACAGAUAAAUCCAGAUAGUGAAAUCAUACCAAACAUUACACCACGUCCAAUAUCUUUGGAAUCAGACAUCCUUGUUAAUGAAAAAUAUCCAAGACCACCAAUCAAUCCAAAUGCUGAAUUUAUAGCUCCCGUAAAUGUAAAUCGUGGUGUAAUACGACCAAUUAUAAAUGUUCAACGACCAUACUAUCGUAAACCAAAUGCUGAAUCGUUGGAGGAAGAUCAACCAAAACAAACUCCAUACUACAGUUAUCGUAAUCCAAAUGGUGAGUCGUUGGAACAAGAACAACCGCAACAACCCCAAUAUUACAAUUAUCGUAAACCAAGUGCGGAGUCUUUGGGAGAAGGUCAACGUCAACAACCUCCAUAUUACAAUUAUCGUAAACCAAAUGCAGAAUCCUUGGAGGAUGAUUACGCUGAAGAUUAUAACACUAAUAACAAUGCUCAAUUAAUUAGUAAUAGUUACGUGCAACAGCAUCCUAAAAAUAUAAAUCGUUAUCGUGAGCAAACAACACCACAAAGGAAUAUUAAAGUUGGUGAAGGACAACCAGGACAAUUUAUAUCAUUUCCGUUGCCAGGUAAUGGUGCACAUUUUUAUUUUCUAACACCACAAGUUGCAUCUGUGUUAAAUCAACAAAAACAAGAGAAUGGUUAUUUAUAUCCUGAACCAAACCAAAGACUGAGACGGAGUCGUGUUCGACAAAGAAGUGCACAAAGUUAUUCGUCCUCAAAUGUUAAAAGAUAAUUGUUUUUAAAAAAGCCAUUUUAAUAAAUUGAUUUGUUUUGUGA